AUGAGCUUGCCCUUCCAUUCUCUGUUUGUCAGCCUACGAUGGUGGAUUGGUAUUCCUAAGUAUGUGAAAGAUAAUCAAUUCUAUGGCCGAUUCACGGAUGGGAUAGGUAAUAUGACCUCGAUAGUAACGCUUGAUUUAUCAGGGAAUAACCUUGUGGGCAUGAUACCAUCAAACCUGGAGAACCUAUGUAGCUUGGAAGAAUUCCUUGUAGGCGAAAAUAACAUCAACGGAAGGAUAACAGAAUUAUUCCAACGCUUGCCUAGUUGUUCAUGGGAUAGGUUGACACACAUAUCUCUGCCUGUGAGCAAUUUGACAGGAAGCCUACCAACCAAACUAGAACCGUUAAGCAAUCUGAUCAGCCUCGAUCUCAGCUUUAACGAUCUCACCGGUCCUUUGCCACUAUGGAUAGGAGAUCUCGCAAAGCUAAUUGAUCUGGACCUGAGCUAUAAUAACCUCUCUGGUUUGAUACAUGAAGGUCACAUUCCAGAGGAGCUUACAAAGCUAGUUAAUCUUCAGUACAUGGACCUUGCCUACAAUAACCUAACAGGCAACAUACCAAAAUGGAUUGGUAACUGCAAAGGGAUGAUACUAACGAGAGAUAAGGGUUAUGAAUAUUCUGCAAUUCAUUUUGCUUUAUUUUAUGAAGGAUUACUUAGUCUUGAUUUCACCUAUACCGAGAAUUCCGCGGUAGUCACAAAGGGUCAAGAGAGAUUAUAUACAGGGGAAGUCGUAUAUAUGGUGAACCUUGAUUUAUCCUGUAACAAUCUUAUUGGUGAUAUUCCCGAAGAAAUCAGCGCUCUUGUCAAACUGAAGAACCUGAACUUGUCAUGGAACACAUUCAAUGGAAAAAUUCCAGAGAAUAUUGGCGUCUUGACGCAAGUGGAGUCACUCGACCUAUCACACAAUGAGUUGUCUGGUGAAAUCCCUCCAAGCUUAUUGGCUCUCACAUCAUUGAGUCGGUUGAACCUGUCCUACAACAACCUGAAAGGAGAGGUGCCAUCAGGGAAUCAACUGCAAACGCUUGAGGACCCUGAAUAUAUUUAUAUUGGCAACCCGGGCCUCUGCGGUCCUUCUCUGCCACAGAAAUGUUCACAGCUGGAGCCAAUUCCAGCUACUCAAGAACACCAUGAAGAUUUGAACGACGUGGCAUCGUUUUUCAUCGCUAUGGGUUCUGGACAUGUAAUGGGCGUCUGGGUAGUCUUCUGCACCUUCUUGUUCAAGAGGAAAUGGAGAGUUAAGUGGUACUCCGUCUGCGACAAGUUUUAUGACUGGGUCUAUGUGCUGGUGGUCGUUACCUGGGCUUCCUGGACAAGAGAAACAAUUGCAGAAGCUGAGAGUGGCAACUAG